AUGAUGGACUUUAAAAGCAUGCUGAAUGGUGAAAAUGGGCAAAACAAAAUGUUGUAUUUGACACGGUCUUAUGGAAGGUGGUCAUAUGAAAAUUCUGUGACCGUGACAGUGAAAGGGAUGGAGAUUCAACUUGUAAAGAUCUUGACCGUCUUCACAACCAUUGACUUGUCGAACAACUCUUUUCAUGGGGAUAUCCCGGGAGUUAUUGGACAUCUUAACUCUCUCGUAGGGCUCAACCUUGCCCAUAACUACUUUACCGGUACCAUCUUGACUAAUCUGGAAUGGCUUGAUCUUUCUUCGAACAAGCUUAGUGGGGUAAUUCCUAGAAAAUUGGGAGAUUUGACAUUCCUUGGGUACUUAAACCUUUCGAAGAACCAACUCACCGGUCGAAUUCCUCAGGACAAGCAAUUGAACACAUUUUUAAACGACUCGUUCAGUGGGAAUCCAGGCUUAUGCGGAACUCCAUUGUCAAAAGCAUGCCUUGGCGAUGCUCAACCUCCUCCACCAUCAUCCUCGUCAACUUUUGACCGCAAAGGGCAUGAGAAUUGGUUCAAACAUAAAGUAGUGUGGAUAGGUUAUGCAUCAGGAAUCGUAAUUGGAAUAUCUGUGGCAUAUAUUGCAUUUGAAACACGAAGGCCUACAUGGCUCGCGCGAGGUGUGAGAAUGCUGGAGAGAAGUGUAGCCGAGGGGAUGGAGAAGCCAAAGCGGAAAACCAUCAAAUUUCAUAGACAAUGA